AUGGCGUCUCAGCAGGAUACCCUUAACAAGAUACGCCAAUUCGCUGAAAGCAAUCGCAAACUCGAAGAAGAACGCGCCAAUCAUCCAAUUGACCAUCAUGCAUAUAAUCGCCAACUUGACCAAACCCUAAAGCAGCUUCAAGAUCAAGUAAAACGCCAGGAAUAUGCCUUGCAAGAGCUCCAUCUCUCCACUGCAACCACACUCCCCAGCCCAGGCCUUAGCCCACAUGCACGUCUCGCCCAAACCCGCCGCGCAACAAAAGCCUACAACUCCCUCUCCCAAACAGACCCAGUCCUACCACCCCCAGAUUCCCCCCUAAGCCCCCUGCUCGCCCUACGUGAAACAUUCCGCCAGAUCCUAGACCUCAAAUCCAGCAUAUCCACUGUAGCUCACCACCUCAGCACGGACCGUGAACGACUAAAAGCUGAAGAAGCAGCCCUAAGCGACGCAAGACUAAUUAGCACCGGUCUAGAUGAGCGCAUAAGGGACCUGCAAACCAUGCGGGCAGGGGAUCGGGAGAAGGCGAAGGCGCCCACGCAGCUAGCGAAGGAGGUCAUGCAGCAACAGCGCAGGCGCAAGGUGGAGUUGGAGAAAAAGACGACUGCGCUGAGGGAGGCGUUAACGGGGUUUGUGGAUGAGCAUUUGGCCUCGAUGUUGGCGGCGGAGGAUUUGGGGGGGCCAGUUGUUGGGGAUCAGAUUGAUGUGCCUGAUUGGACGUUGGAGGCGGGUUAUACGGCGCAUGGGAAAGAGAAAAAGGCUACAGGUGCCGCAAGUGGUGGUGGGACUACAGGUGCGGGUGCGGGGAGGGAAUCGAGACAGCAGCGCAUUGAUGAAUUCGUCCGUCGCCGGUCGCGUGGACGUGGGGAUGGAGUUGGAGAUGGAAAUGGCGAUGACGACGACCAAGGGGGAAGAGUAAGUAAUAAACGUGAGGCGGCCGGAGCGGAAAUGCAUUCACUUCUUGAUUCGUUGCUAGAGGUGGCGGAGACUUCUUCUUAUAUUGAGCUGGAGCAGGAAACUGCCGCGUCUAGGUUCCUUGUCAAGGCCAAAAUUGCCCAGUUUCAUCCGCGUGAUGCGCGCCGUUUGCGCUUGAUUGAUUUUGCGAGGGAAUUGGUUGACUGA